AUGGGUGGAUUUGGAUUUGAUCCUUCAAAGGCUAUAAGUGCUGAGAAAGACAAUCUUGACAUAACCCAGCAUGACUGGGCCUUACCGAAUUUUGAGCAGCUUGCUGAAGCUGUGUUGAGGCAAGUCGGUCUACCUGUCAUUGCUGUUGGUGUUGGUCUCAGUACAUAUGAUAAAGCAUCUGAAAAAUACUAUAUACAAUCACACAUCCAACUGAAUGAAUAUAGGGAUCAAGUGAUCUUGCCAACAGCUACAAGGAAACAUGGACAAUACAUUGGCACCACUGUGAAAGUCUUGGAUAUGACUGGUUUAAAAUUUUCAGCAUUGAAUCAAUUGAGGUUGUUGACUGCAUUAUCUACAAUAGAUGACUUGAACUAUCUGGAAAAGACAGACACAUACUAUAUUGUUAAUGUGCCAUAUGUAUUCUCAGCAUGCUGGAAGGUUGUGAAGCCUCUUUUGCAAGAAAGAACAAGGAGAAAUAUCCAGGUGCUGCAAGGUUGUGGGAAGGAGGAAUUACUGAAGGUAAUGGACUAUGCAUCCCUCCCACACUUCUGUAGAAAAGAAGAUUCCAAGUCUUCCAAACAUCAUGCAUUAGGAAAAACUGGAAAUUGUUUCUCCUUCAAUCACGCUUUCCAUCAACAACUCUACAAUCACAUCAAGCAACAAUCCAUCAUUGUGGAGUCAAUUUCACCAAUCAGACAUGGGUCCUUCUAUGUAGAGAUACAAGAGUCAGACCCUGAUGAUGCCAAAAUAGCCAAGACCAUAGAAACUGAGUUCCACAAAUUGGAGAAUCAGAAGAAUGGCUUUAGCAACUCACUAAAUGGUCUGACAGUUAAUGGCCAUUGAAAGCAAUGCUACUAAAGCUACUAGUAACUGUGUUUUUUGGCCUGUCCUGAGCCACUUUUAUUUGUUGAUUACUUUAUCAUCCCUUUUGGAUAAGGAGGGUUAUACUUGUGAGGUCAAACUUAUAGCCGGUUAUUAGAUGUAAUAUUGUAAUGUUUACAUCAAGUCCAUGCAAAAAUCUUCCCACUCUUAUAUCUUUAUGGCAUGCACUUGAAGCAUUAUGCAAACUCUCCC